AUGAAGGUGGAUAUAACUGCUUGGAGGCGACGCGCUGCGCUGAACGUAGCAGGUUGUUACAUAGCGCUCGGGCUGUGGUCCCUGACGGGCCACGGGGCGCAUGCCGCCAGCCCCGUUGGCCCGUCGGACCGACCCGAAGCCUAUUUCAACGGCAGCUCCUAUAUCCGCCUGUCGCGCCCCAUCUCGCUCAAGCAGCUCGUCGGGCUCAGCUUCCGCACUUGCGUCGGCGGAGAGUUGUUCUCGCAGCGGUUCGAGGGAUACACGCUGCACAUGACGGCGCUGUUCGAGCAGGUGGUGGUAUCGUGGGCGCGGCCCGGGCAGCCGCAGCGCGAGGUGGGGCUCGCGCGUGAGACUCUAGACAAUCACUGGCACUGGGUGGCGCUGCGCUACCGCCCGGAGCCACUCUCCUUGCUGCUGGAGGUCGAUAAGGACACACAGGUAAUCGCGAACGUGACGUGGAACCCGGAGCUGCUGUCGCCGGGCGCACUGGAGGCGGGCGGCGCGGUGCUGCUGGUAGGAAACUUGUUCAGCGGCUGCAUCCACGAGGGCCCGCAGCUCGAGUUCCACGCAGCAAAUAUGCAACAUCGCAACGUCACUUUUGGAAACUGCCCGCUCACCACCGACGACUGUAUCGACAGAAAAGAUGUACUGAGGAUACCGCCGAAGGAUCAUUGCUACAACGAGCCAUGCAUGCGACACGGAACCUGUAUAUCCAGACAUGACAGGUACGAGUGCCACUGCAGUGCUCGCUACACAGGCAACAACUGCGAGGUGGAUGCGGGCGAACCGUGCGCGUCGGCGCCAUGCCAGCACGCCGGCCGCUGCGUGGAGGACGCGCGCGGUGACUACACCUGCCUCUGCGCGCCCGGCUACCACGGUACGUGCUCCCUCUCGCUCGCACCGUGCCAACACGCCGGCCGCUGCGUGGAGGAUGCGCGCGGUGACUACACCUGCCUCUGCGCGCCCGGCUACCACGGUACGUGCUCCCUCUCGCUCGCACCGUGCCAGCACGCCGGCCGCUGCGUGGAGGGCGCGCGCGGCGACUACAUUUGCCUCUGCGCGCCCGGCUACCACGGUACGUGCUCCCUCUCGCUCGCACCGUGCCAACACGCCGGCCGCUGCGUGGAGGAUGCGCGCGGCGACUACACUUGCCUCUGCGCGCCCGGCUACCACGGUACGUGCUCCCUCUCGCUCGCACCGUGCCAACACGCCGGCCGCUGCGUGGAGGAUGCGCACGGUGACUACACUUGCCUCUGCGCGCCCGGCUACCACGGCACUUACUGCGAGCUGGAGGUGUCGCUGGACCCGCAGUGCGUAGCGGGUCCUUGCCGCAACAACGCCAGCUGCCGCGUACCGCCCGGCGCCGACUCCUACGUAUGCGACUGCCCGCCCGGGUUCACGGGGCGCGACUGCGAGGUGGACGUGGACGAGUGCGCGGGCGCCGGCGCGCUCGCCUGUCUGCACGGCGGCCGCUGCCUGGACGCUGUCAACAACUACACCUGCGACUGCACCCACACAGGGUACACGGGCCCCCGGUGCUCGGUGAACGUGAACGAGUGCGAGGAGGACCGGUUGGUGUGCGGGCACGGCGCGUGCUACGACACGUACGGCGGCUACGUGUGCGCCUGCCUGCCCGGCUACACCGGCGACCACUGCCAACAGAUGUCCGCGUGCGCGUCGGGCCCGUGCGGCGCGGGCGGUGCGUGCGUGGAGGAGGACGGCGGCGCUGGCUACCGCUGCGUGUGCGCGCGCGGCUGGGCACCGCCGCACUGCGACGUGCCGCUGCCCGCCCCGCCCGCUGCGCCGCCCGCCACGCCCGCCGCUCCGCCCGCCGCCGCCUGCGCCGAUCUGCAGUGUCCGCCGCACUCGCAUUGCCGCGACGCGCAUUCGCUCGGUCUCCCGGGCAUGGUGGCCGGUGUGAUGGUAACGAAACAAGUGAUCUGCGUGUGUGAUCUCGGAUACUAUGGUGCUCCGGGUCGUUCGCCGAACUGCUCGCGUGCUGAGUCUGCGUGCGAGGCGGGCGUGUGCCUGCACGGUGCCACGUGUACGCGCCUGCACGACCGCCCGCUCUGCACCUGCGCGCCCGGGUACACAGGCGCGUACUGCGAGCUGCCGGUGGGUGCGGGCGGUGCGGAGGGUGCGGGUGCGGGGGGUACAGGGGGUGCGGCGGGCAAGGCGCUGUCGGAAUUGAAGGCGGAACACUGCUCUUCUGCGCCCUGCGUGCAUGCCGUCGCCUGCAGGGACCUCGCGGGCGGGUUCCGGUGCGAAUGUGAGGUUGGGUGGGCGGGUGUGCGCUGCGACAUAGCGGACGCAGACCCGGAAGCGGAAGAGGAGGCGGGGGCGGCGACGGGAGCGGAAGCGGAAGACUGCCGCACUCUCGGCUGUCCGCACCACCCCGAGCAGGAGUGCGUGGAGCAGAACGGGUGGUGGCGGUGCUCGGGGGGCGAAGAGGCGCGCGAGGCGGGUGAGUCCGGCGGCGGGGAGGGGAGCGCGAGCGCGUGCGCGUCGUCGCCGUGCCGCGCCGGCGCCUGCGUGCCGCUGCCCGCCGGCCUUUUCAGCUGCCGCUGCCCGCCCGGCCUCACCGAAAAGUACUUAAGUCUCAUAUUAUCGUAG